CUCUUGAAUUCCAUCAGCCCAACCCAUGUUCAGAAAUGUACACGACGUCGUCGUCUGGCAGUUCAACAAGUUGAAAAUCUCUUCCUCUUUUGCUUUUUGUAAAGAUCGGACAGAAACACGACAACUUCUGAACUACAACUUCUACAAGAAGAUGAUGAAAGGGUACGCAUGGGCUGUUUCGGCUGGAUUCAAUGCUGCUCUUACUGCCAUUGCCGCCAAGCACUUUUCUUCCCAGCUUGUUAGGUAUGGCCUGGUCAUAGUACUGAAUGCUUUAAUGUGGGGGUGUUAUGUAAAUAGCCUAAAAGCUCUAUCAUCUCUCCAAGCUACCGUUACAAACUUUGCAAUGAACUUUCUCUCUUCUGGAUUGGCUGGAUUCUUCCUCUUCAAAGAGGUGCUGCCGUUUCAGGUAAUUAAGAUGAUUUUCAGAGGUCAAGACACCUGCACACUUCGACUUAUUAUGAUAGCAAAAUUUUCCCCAAAUCCAGCCUUAUCCAUGGCUACAUGCCAUAGUUUUACGUAGUUGCUGCCAUUGCAGCACUUCCUUUGUCCUUCUUAGACAGUGAAGUGAUGGACUCAAAGUAGUAGUUUAGUUGAGUUUUGACUCGUAUCUCAUCUUUUUGUGCCAAUGGCUGAACUUAGUAGUGUUUUACAUGUUCAUCCUAGUCUUUUUGUUUGUUGAGGAAAUAAGAUAGGAUGGAUGAUAGAGAGGUAGAGCUAUCACACCAUGUCUUGGUUCCUAAUUUCGAUUCAUCUAGCAGUGUUCAAGCAUCAAUCUCUGUGGAUUCAUUUCUUGAUGAGUUGUUAAGAAAUGGCCAAACAUGUACUCACACCCAUACUUGCAACCCUCCUGGCCCUGAUGCUGCACAUACUCACACAUGUUACCAUACUCAUACCCAAGUCAUUCCAUCUGAGAAAGUGGACAAUCCUAGUGAGAAAGUAGAUGGUCCUUGUGAUAGUAGAAAGUCAACAUCAAAGACUAGGAGGUCUUCUGGAAAUAGAGAAGCUGUUAGGAAAUAUAGGGAGAAGAAAAAGGCACAUACAGCUUACUUGGAAGAGGAAGCUAAGAAACUGAGACUGGUAAACCAACAGUUGAUUAGGAAAGUGCAGAGGCAAGCUAUUCUUGAAGCAGAAAUCUCGAGGCUUAGAAGCCUUUUGCUCGAUGUUAGAGGGAAGAUUGAUACUGAAUUGGGUGCUUAUCCCUUACAAAAGCAGUGUACUGCAAGCACUAAAGUUAAAGAAGGGGAGUCAGGGAUGCAAUAUUCUGGUCUGGCAAUGGAGCUUCAGUGUGAGAAUGAUUUAACUUGCUUCCAUCCUCACGGGGAUUCAUCCAUAGAGGAUGGUGGUUUUGGUGGAUGUGAUAAAAUGGGAGCUUCAUCUUGGGAAGGAAACUGCCAGUCUGCAACUGUUGCUUGUAAAGCUAAUGGACCUGCAGAAAGAAGUGGUAUGGACUCCGUGGAAACAAGGCUUUCAUCUGCAUCUCAAGCAGAGUAAUCAAGAGCCAAGGCAAGAUAUCAAUUAUGACCUUCCCGAUCGUCAAGUCUUAUAGAACUUCUGCUUUAGUUAAAUUUAUGAUAGAACUAUGCUAGGUUGGCUGGGGUAAUACACAUCUGAAGUACUGAACAUUCCAAGAAUAUAGUCAUAAAUCAGGUUAACACUUUGUUCUAUAGAGAAGUAUGAACCUGUAGAUAUUUUUGUACUCAAAAGGGGAAAAAAUGACCUCUAUAGGAUAUGGUAUCCUCCAUGUAUGAGAGCACUGAUUGAUGUACAUAAAUCUCUAUUUCACUAGUGCGGUUUUCAACAUUUUGGUGGUUGUAUAAUAGCACCCCUGAGUAGCUCUCUAUGUGGUGGGAUUUCCGGUACACUACCAGAAUACUUAAUGGAUGUUAUCUUUUCUCUACGUUGGUGUAAUUGUGAUUUGAUUGUAUUAUGCAAAGAUUCUUUGAUUAGGAAUUUAGGUACCAAUUGAAGUAGAAGCUCUUUUUCUU